UUGCCAGCGUGCACCUUUGUUUUCCUUUGUAAUGGCUUUCAUAGUUUCCUGUUCAGCUUUACCUUUUGCAGAGAUCUCAUUAAUUUAUUUAGCUUUAGAAAUCUUGAAGAAGCGGCUGAAAGAUUUUUUUCGCAAGAUAAUUCAGUUGGUGUUAUUAAAGUGAAAGUUUACACAGCACAGAUGAGGAAAACGGUAGCCGUAAUAGGAGCAGGUAGCAGUGGACUGACUGCGAUCAAAGCGUGCAAAGAGGAAGGACUCGACGUGGUGUGUUUCGAAAAAACCAAUCGAGUCGGCGGAUUAUGGCAUUAUGACGGCGACAAAAGCGAAGAAGUGACAGUUAUGAAAUCCACCGUCAUCAACACUCACAAAGAGAUGAGCGCAUUCAGUGACUUCCCACCCCCGAGUCAUCUUCCGAACUACAUGCACAACUCGCAGAUUCUGCAAUACUUCCUCAUGUAUGCCGAGAAUUUCGGGUUACUCCCCCACAUACGCUACAACCAUGAAGUGAUCAGCAUAUCUAAAUCUGAUGAUUACGAAGAAACUGGCAGAUGGAAAAUAGUAUUGAAAGUACUUCCGGACGGAAAAGAAUUCGAACAGAUCUUUGAUGGUGUUAUGUUGUGUAAUGGACACCACGCGCGUCCGAAGAUACCACAGCUUCCUGGACAGAGCGAUUUUUUGGGGCGCGUGAUGCAUUCCCAAUCCAUGAAAGUGGCAGACGAUUUCAAAGAACUUAAUGUUCUUGUCGUUGGCAUUGGGAAUUCCGGAGUGGAUGCAGCAGUGGAGUUGAGCAACGUUGCCAAACAGGUUUAUCUCAGCACCAGAAGAGGGACGUGGAUCUUUACCCGAAGUGGACCUUUCGGGUUGCCAUACGAUGCUUUAGUUUCCAAUAGAUUUCUCACCUUCAUCUACAAGCUUUUAGGCUGGAGAAUCUCAAGCUGGUUGUUUGAAAAUUUCUUUUUGGAAAAUAAGCUCGAUCAUUCCCUUUACGGAUUAAAACCGAAACAUCGCGCUCUGAGUCAACAUCCGACCAUCAACGACAUCUUACCUACUAAAAUAUUAGCGGGCAGAAUCAAUAUCAAAGGAGAUAUCGAAACUUUUGCAAAGAAUGGGGUUAUAUUCCGCGGUGAAAAUACUGUUACACCUGUUGAUGCUGUGAUAUUCGCAACCGGAUAUAACAUUCAGUUUCCUUUCAUGAAGGAAUCGAUUCUGAACUCGACCAACAACAAGGUAGAGCUGUAUAAGCUGACCUUUCCACCGGACCUCACACAUCCAACACUAGCUGUCAUAGGUCUCAUACAGCCAGUGGGUGCCAUUUUUCCUAUUGCAGAGGCGCAAAGUCGGUGGUUUGCGCAGUUGAUGAACGAAAAAAUCACCUUGCCCGACUACAAAACGAUGAAAAAUGAAAUUUCCUGUAGGAGGAAGGCCAUGGAGGAAAGAUAUGUGGAAUCUACGAGGCACACCAUUCAAGUCGAUUUCAUUGAUUUCAUGGAUGACAUCACGCAAGAAUUCGGUGCAGCGCCUAAUAUGUGGAAUUUGUUUCUUAAUGACCCAAAAUUAUUUUUCGCUUGCUUAGUGGGUCCCGGUUUACCUUACCAGUAUCGACUUAAUGGACCUCAUUCUUGGCCAAAAGCUAGGGAAACAAUACUGAAGUUCCCAUCACGAGUGACGAAGCCAUUGUCUAAUGAGAUAUGUCACUCACGUUACAGUUUUCUUUCACCUUUCAGACUUAUAAAUAUUCUUCCCGCUUGGGUUAUUAUUAUUGUGGUUUCGCUGAUUUUCAAAUUGUUUCUAUUUUAAACAGACGAUUUUUAAAAAAGCUUAUUUAUUAGGAUAGUCCAAAUGAAAAACGGACAAGUUGAAUGAAAAGAAUACUUUUAUUGGAAGUCAAAAGAGAUUGCCCUGGGUGUUGCAGCACAGGUCCCAUCAUUUAGGUAGCCUUUGCUAUAGAAAGACGGUGGUUGAUUCUUGAGGAAGUCCUUCCAGGUUCCUUCACUUCGCCGUCCGAAUGGAAACGUGUCUUAAGUGGCCCUAAACUUGAGAAGUCACAGGGUGACAAAUUCGGACUCUAAGGCAGAUACGUUCCAACGGAAUUUUCUUAAGGUCGUCUAGGUUUCACGGAGACAUGUAGGCUGGCAUUGUCAUGGAAAAGGAUCACGUGUUGUGUGAGAAGCACUGACCAUUCACUUUUGAUUGUUUUACGUAGUUUCGUCAGAGUACUGUAGUAUUGUGUUGAACUGAUUGUAUUCCUUGGGGAAGGAAAUCCAUCAAGAGUUGUCCACGGCAAUAGAUGAAUCAAAAAUUGUACUACCGCGCGCUGUUCUGAUCUGGAUCCAUGUAUAGCACUACUUUACUUUCGAUCAGUUUCCUCUAAUAUGAACAGCUUGCACUGUUGAACGUAGUCACACCUCAUACCAUCCUUUAUAUACGAGUUCGGUGGCGCUGCUAUAGCUGCAGUUAUUCUGACACAAUCGCAAGUGUCCACUUUUCAUUUGGGCAACCCUCAUAUUCUCACGAAUACUGGUAAUUAAAAUAUAGUUUUAUUUUAUACUUGAUGAUAAAAAAAAAUGGUAACUAAUGCUGGCAUUGGAAAAUAUUAAGAAACGGAAAAUUUACGAAUGAUAAUUAAUAAUAAUUGUUGUAAAUCAUUUUCUAUUUUCUAAAAAGAAUUUGCUAAAAGUAUAAUUAUAUAUUUUUUCAAUUCCGAAUGAACUUUAAACCUCUGUAAUGAUAAAAUUUAUUUUAAUUUUAAAGAAAAAUUUUUCUUUGUAACGUUAGAUUUCAAAUUGCUUUAU